GAUGCUGUCUGGGCGCUCCGGAGUUUUCUCCAGGUCCUUCACUUCAGGGGGCGGGACAAUGACAGAAUCGCCUCUUAAGGUUGUUUAUGAGGAUUAGAUGGAAUAAUACUAUGUAAAGUGGCCAGAAGGACCGACCACAUAAAAGAAAAAAUGGAAGGCCUGCCUGAUGCUGCUUCUUUUGCAAUUAAACUUAAAAACACUCUCAUCCAGUACCAUAGUAUUGAAGAUGAUAAGUGGCGAGUUGCUAAGAAAACGAAAGAUGUAACAGUUUGGCGAAAACCCUCAGAAGAAUUUAAUGGAUAUCUAUACAAAGUCCAAGGUGUUGUAGAUGACAUUGUUAAUAGUAUAAUAGACCAUAUACGCCCUGGGCCCUGUCGCUUGGAUUGGGACAGCUUAAUGACGUCAAUGGAUAUUUUGGAGUACUUUGAAGAGAAUUGCUGUGUGAUGCGUUAUACUACUGCUGGUCAGCUUUGGAAUAUAAUUUCCCCAAGAGAGUUUGUUGAUUUCUCCUACACUGUGGGCUAUAAAGAAGGGCUUUUAUCCUGUGGGGUAAGUCUUGACUGGAGUGAAAAGAGACCAGAAUUUGUCCGUGGAUAUAACCAUCCCUGUGGUUGGUUUUGUGUUCCACUUCAAGACAGUCCAAAUCAGAGUCUUUUGACAGGCUAUAUUCAAACAGAUCUGCGUGGGAUGAUUCCUCACUCUGCGGUAGAUACAGCCAUGGCAAGCACUUUAACCACCUUCUAUGGUGAUUUACGAAAAGCUUUACAAAAGGUAUAAUAUGUUUAAACUUGC